AUGAAUUCAAAAAUUAAAGGAAUAACGGAUGAUAUAACAUCAAUUCCACCAGAAGAACAGAGAUAUUACGCAUUAAAUGCAUUUCCUAAAGUUUUGAAGAUUGGAAGAUUUAAUUUAAAUGAGGAAUUCAUAGAAGGUUUCCUAAAUGACAUAAUGAAGAAGGUGGAUAAGGAAUAUGUAGAUAGUGAGUUAGAGAAGAAAGCAGAUAAGGAAAAAGUUAAUACUGAAUUAAAUAAGAAGGCAAAUUUGGUUUAUGUUGAUGAAAAAGAUAAUGAAAUUAAAGAAAAGGUUGAAUGGUAUCAUGAAUGGACAUUGGAGACUUUUAAAGUUAAAGCUGAUACAGAAUGGGUUUCAGGAUGUUUAGACCUUAAAGCAGAUAAAACUUAUGUUAACGAUGAGUUAGAGAAGAAAGCAGAUAAAACAGAGCUUCAAACAUUAAAGACUGAAAUACUUCAAACAUUAUAUCCUAUAGGCUCUAUUUAUACAUCAAUGAAUUCAACAAAUCCAGCAAGUGUUUUAGGUUUUGGUACAUGGCAACAGAUUGUAAACAAAUUCUUAUACUGUGCUAACUCUUCAAAACAAACCAGUGGUUCAAAGAAAAUUAAAGAAGCAAACCUUCCGCCGCAUAAGCAUACAGGAACGACAAACUUUUCUGGCGACCAUAUACACUCAUUAAGAGACCACCCAUUAUACAACUCAGACUAUGAAGCCGGUCAUGAUGUUUUAUCUCCAGCUUAUAAUGAUUCAACAAAAAAGACUUUUCGACAAACUGAACCAGGAGGAAAUCAUUCACACACUUUCACAACAAAUCCAACAGGCUCGGGUGAAGAUUACAUGCCACCAUUUAUGACAGUUUAUGCAUGGUUCAGAGCUGCUUAA